GGGGACGCGGGACCGGUGAUGGGGACACGGGUGCAGAUGUGGGAUGGGGACACGGGCAGGCAGCAGGGAGGUGGAUGUGCAGUGGGGACAUGGGGUGCAAUGGGGACGGAGAUGUGAGUGGGGAUGGAGGUGUGCGGUGGGGAUGCAGAUGUGCAGAGGAGACAUGGCCGUGGGAUAGGGACAUGGGCGUGAGAUGGGGACACAGGCACAAUGGGGACACAGACACAAUGGAGGGCCGUAGGCAUGCCACGGGGCCACAUAUAGGGACAUAAAUCAUCAAAAGGGGACACGGACACGGUGGGAACAUAGUCAUGGUGGGGAUACAGGCAUGCCUCGGGGAUGUGGGGACACACACAUGCAAUGGGGGAUCCAGAUGUGCAGUGGGGACCAGGACAUGCGGUGGGGCCCCAAGGUGCUACGAACACACGCAUGCAAUGGGACGGGGACACAGUGUGAUGGGGAUGGGGACACCAGGUGGGGACACAGCCGUGCAAUGGGGACCCCAGUGUGCAAUGGGGUGUGGGCAGUGGGGCCGUGCCGCCGUUCCCCAGAGCGGUUGGAGGCAGCACAGUGCUGUCCACAGGGGUCACAGUGUGACCGCACAGGGAGGGGACGUUCCCUUCUGUCCUCGCUUGGCCGAGCCCAGGGCCAAAGGUCUGGCUGGAGAAACUGAGGCACAGCGGGUGCUGCCCCGCAGCUUUCUCCUGUCCGUUCCCCAAGAGGAGCACUGAAGGGGCACAAUGAAGGCUUUUCUCCUCACACUCCUGGCCCAACUCUGCUCGGCAUCGCUGGUUCCUGAGAGGGAGAAGGACCCCGAGUACUGGAGGCAGCAGGCACAGGAGACGCUGCGGGAUGCACUGAGGCUGCAGCACCUCAACCAGAACGUGGCCAAGAACCUCAUCCUCUUCCUGGGCGACGGUAUGGGUGUCUCCACCGUGACGGCCGCACGCAUCCUCAAGGGCCAGCUGCAGCACCGCAAGGGCGAGGAGAGCCUGCUGGAGAUGGACAAGUUCCCAUAUGUCGCCCUGGCCAAGACCUACAACACCAAUGCACAGGUGCCCGACAGCGCGGGCACAGCCACCGCCUACCUCUGUGGUGUCAAAGCCAACGAGGGGACAGUGGGUGUCAGCGCCGGUGUCACCCGUGACCGCUGCAACACCACCAAGGGCCAGGAGGUGACCUCCAUCCUCCGCUGGGCUAAGGAUGAAGGCAAGGCGGUGGGCAUUGUCACCACCACGCGGGUGACCCACGCGACGCCCAGCGCAGCCUACGCGCACUCGGCCAACCGUGACUGGUACUCAGAUGGAGAGAUGCCCCUGGAUGCACUGGAGGGUGGCUGCAAAGACAUCGCCCGGCAGCUGGUGGAGAACAUCCCUGACAUAGAGGUGGGAAUGGCAGUGGGGAUGGCGGGACCAGGAGGAGCUGGGAUCACCUGUGGAUGGGCUGAUACUGGGCUGGUAGCACCAAAGGGUGCAGAGUUGGGAUGAAAAUGGGAUGGAGAAACGCUAAAAGCAGCAAAACGUGGGGACAGGGUGCAGCACACACACAUCGAGGAUGCACAGAAGGGAGUGGAUGUUGGGCUGGGACCACCAAAGGGAGCAGAGUUGGGACCCCAAGAAGAUGUAGGGCUGACAUCUUCAAUAGAUAUUGGGACUGGGGUCAUUGAUGGGUUUAGGGCUGGGGAUCCAGAAAAUGAUGGCCAAGAGGGUGAAGAGUCAGGACCUCCAGCAGAUGUUGGGUUGGGACUGCUCACAGGGAAAGAGCUGGGACCUGGCGUAUGUAGGGCUGAGACCACCAAAGAGUUCAAAGCUGGAACACGAAGACUGGUGUAGGACUUGUUGGUGUAGGACUGGUAGGACUGGGAUCCUCAAUAGAUGUUGGGGUUGGAGUCACCGUUAGGUGCAGAGUUGGGAUCCCAGGAAGAUGUAGGACUGAGAUUCUCAAUAGGUGUUGGGGCUGAGAUCACUGUUGGGUUUAGGGCAGGAGACGAUGGCUGGGACUACUCAUGGGUGAAGAGCUGGGAUCUAGUAGGUACUGCAUUGGGACCACCCAUGGGUGCAGGGCUGGGGCUCCAGGAGAUGUUGUGCUGAGACCACUCAUGGGUGCAGGGCAGCAGUGCCACAGCAGCUGCCCCGCUCUCACAGUGAGACACAAACCCCUUUCUCACGCUUCUCGUGCCCAAAAAGCUGCAUUGUCCCCUCAGUUCUGCCCCUCGUUGUGGAUUUGCAGAAAUUCAGCCCUGUAAAUAAAUAUGCUUCUGUACUUCAAAAUAGCCCCAAAGCAAA